AUGGAGUCCGGCAAUUUCGAUACUGUCGAAUCCAUCAUGGAACGAUACACCAAGGACUUGGAGCUCAAUAUCCGGGCAUCUCUCUUACAGCAGGGUUCUCGCUUAUCCCUGGCGGUUGAAAAUUUGUUCAAAACUCAGGAAGUGAACGGCGACUUCCAAAAUUCAGUAACGUUGAAAGAACCCUUAGAAUCCUUCGCAAAGGCCAUCACAGCGAAACACCUCGAAGCCUACCGAGACGCCUUCGCCGAGACAUACUUCAAUCGCAAUGUAAACGACAUUCAAGAGAAAUACUCCGAAGCUCAGAAAUGGACACUCGACGCCGCGUUCCAAUGGUGGGAGGAUAUGUCUAUAGGCAAGAGCACCCAAAAAUGGAGCACGAUAGUGUACGAAAACAUAAUAUUCGUGCUCCCAAUUAUCGUCUUUCUGCUUCUCUCGGCACUCGAGAUGCACCUCCUUUUCAGGGAUAAUAUUACACACUCACCUCGCCUUGCAAAACGUCGUUCCUGUAUUCCAAUCUUACUUUUGAUUCCGGCACUUCCAGUUAUACACUUCGUCAUUACAUCACACAUCCUCUCAACACAAUGGCGCGACAUUCUCUUCGCAUUCCUCGGAGUCUUGACAGUUAUGAAAUGGAACAGUUUUUGUGGCAAUAUGAUGGAUAAGAUGGAAGCAGCUCUCAUCGCAGAAGAAAAACGACUCAAAGAAGAAGAGGCCGAAGCAGAAGCACGACGCAUUGAACAAGAAGCCGAAGCAGAAACACGACGCCUUGAACAAGAGGCCGAGGCAGAAAUCCGACUAAUUCAACAAGAGCGCAAAGAUCAUUUGGAGGAAAUAAUCCGAGUCGAAGAAGCCCGCAAACGAGAAAAGGAUGAAAAGCUCAGGAGAUUCAUACAAGCCCGCAAUGCUUACAUAGCCGAGGAACGGAUACGCAGAGCACUUGCCGCGAAAGAGGAGCACGAGCGCAUUGCACAGGCUGAGGCAGCGCAACGAGUAUGUCUCAAGGAGAAAACCCUGGCGAUGGUUGCGCAAUCGCAGGAAGCUGAGGAAGCUGAGGAGCGUGAAAGGGAGAAGGCGAUGGAAAGGGAAGAGAGGGCUUUGAAAUCAAACCGGAGGAUGAAUAAGAGGAAGUUUGAAACGCAGCAGUGGGUUGAGCGCCAGCAUACGGAUCCUGAAAUUGGGAAGAAGGAAGAGGCUCUUAAUGAGACUGAGAAGAAGAAAAAGGAGGUGAUUGACGAACGAAGGAAGGAGAGGAAGAAAGAGAGGGCAGAGAAGGCCCAUGAUAGGACAUGUAGCAAGAAAUGUGUUGCGUUUUACAGUAGUUCAAGGCCCAGGCGAAGGCUAGUAGAGGUUAGGCUAAAUCACGAAUAG